AGCUCAUUAGCUGGUCUCCGAGGAUUUGGAAUUCCAUUACUUCCUCUCCAAAUAUUGUGUAUAUUAUCUAGUAAAUGAAAUUUGGAUGGUCACACUUUCACUUCUUUUUCGUUUGAAUGAUGAUUAGACAGAAAUCUACAAUACAAAAUCAAGAGAAGUUCCUAUGUUUCUUUUAACUUUUUUUUUUUUUUGUAAUAUACUUAUUUUAACUUAUCUGUUCCAAAUAUGAAUUUGGUAAAAAGAAUGGGUAAAACUAUUUGUUAUGUGUCAACUAGAAAGUUCUAUCGAAAUAAUUAUUUAUUUCAAAGUGAAAUAAUUAAUAUAUUGGAUAAAUCGGGACAUGAUAGAUAUGACAUUUUCAGCUGAUCUAUGACAACAGAAUGAAUCGAAGAGGAAAAUGUUCUUCACAAUAUUAUUUAUUACAUAAAUAUUUCCUUCAUCACUCUAUGAAAUAUGAACAUUCUAGAUAUAUUUUGGGAUAUGAAAUCUUAAUUUCAGCUCUCGUGUUAAACCAUGACAUUAAUCGUGCAGGUGAUGCUUGCGACAAGAAUGAUUCACCUUGAGAAUUAUCCUUGUGAAGCAUUCAAUAUCAGAUUUAUCUUUAGAAUUGUCCGAAGCAUUCAACCUUCUUGAUGACUAGUUUUCAAGAUGUGAUAUAGUGAUCAACGAUAUUAUGUCGCUAUAUAUUAAAAAAAUAAAAUAAUUUUGUCUUGCCGUUGAACCUGCGUCUGGGGUCCACUCUGUGUGAAGCCGGCCGAACACACGUAGGGAGGUCCACCACGGCACUCGCGGCCUCGCGAACACCCCUCGUGGCGGACAUCCGGACGAAAGCCGCGGCGAGAAUCGUAUCUCCCCGUACGACCCUGAAACUCGACGAAAUAACGACGCUACCCCUCUCCCCCCACCCACCGUUUUACCGACCCUGAAACUCCUCCCUGCCGUCCUUCGCAGGGUUUCUUGCAGCGGAUCCGGAGGAGCAGCAGGAGGAGAGGAACGAGUCGCAUGGGAGACAUGUGUGGGCUCGAGCGGGGCGAUGCGUGGAGGUCGUGACAGGCGGAGGAGGGCAUAGCUCGGGCGCGGAGCUUUGGCCAUGGCGGACUACCCGAGCCCAAUCCUCCUCCCACCCCUUCCUUCCGCCCCUCCUGCAGAAAACCCUAGCCUCCCGCCCGUCCGUUCACCCGCCUCGGAUCCCCCCGCGCGACGGGCGCUCUCCACCCGGCGUGGUCGCGGUCUCGUCGCUGACUCCAAUCUCGUCGAUCAGGCCCCGGAGGCCCCUGCAUUGCCCUCGUUGUUGAAUCUCGCCGCCCGCCUGUUUGCUUCCUCUUUGGAUCUUGGGUCUCGGUUUCCGGUUCUUCUUGGGUUUCUUGAUUCUUGUUCGGAGGUUAUUGGAGAUGUCGGAGCGGCCGAAGUUUCUGUACAUUGUGGUGGUGGACGACGGCGAGACGGGAGGAGUCGGUGGCGAGAGAGGGAAGGGGAUGGCGAGCGAGGAUAACAGGAGCUUGUCGUUUCGGUAUACGCGGUCGGUGCUACAGAGCACGCUGCAGCUCAUGGGCUGCAAGGCACGUCAUGCCUUCAAGAUUAGCCGAAGGGUAUUUGAAGUGAUGAGGGAUGAGUCCUCAGUUGAUGAUUUGCCGUCUGAUGCCACAAGCUCAAAUGACUGGCGGAUUCCAUCCAAUGCAGAAUAUGAAUCUAAUGAAACUGGUGGAUUAGACCAGGCAAACGUGACUAAUGACUUGAUUCAAGAGAAUGUAGAUACAACUUGUGGAAUUCCUUUCGAAUUGUACAAAAGGCUAACAACUGUUGUUGUUUCACGGGAGCGCUUCUUGGACAUCGUCUGUGAUGCCCUUGCCCUGUACAAAUAUGUAGGUCGCAAUCAAAGAGCUGACUUGCUUCUGGCUUGCAGAAUUCGAGAAAGAAAGGAAUCUGUGACAGUUCUCUUGUGUGGCACUAGUGGCUGUGGCAAGUCUACUCUGUCAUCCUUGCUGGGGGGAAGACUGGGUGUGACAACUGUCAUUUCUACUGACUCAAUACGCCAUAUGAUGAGGAGCUUCAUGGAUGAAAAACAAAACCCACUCCUGUGGGCUUCAACUUAUCAUGCUGGGGAAUGCUUAGAUCCGGUGGCAGUUGCUAAAGCAAAGGCUAAACGAAAAGAAAAGAAGCUUGCUGUUAUUUCGCACACAAAAGUCAAGGAAGAAGCAUCUGAUGGAGCUUUAAAUGAAAAAACUGGUGGCCGAUCUCAUGAACCCAUCCUUGGAACUGAGUUAAUUGGUAAAAGACAAAUGGCUAUCGAGGGCUUUAAAGCACAAAGUGAGAUGGUCAUAGACAGUCUUGAUCGUUUGAUCACUGCAUGGGAAGAUCGAAAAGAAUCUGUGGUUGUCGAGGGCGUCCACUUGAGCCUCAAUUUUGUGAUGGGGCUCAUGAAGAAGCAUCCUUCAAUAAUACCCUUCAUGAUUUACAUAACAAAUGAAGACAAACACAUGGAAAGAUUUUCUGUGCGUGCCAAAUACAUGACAUUGGACCCAGCAAAAAAUAAGUAUGUAAAAUACAUACGAAAUAUCAGAAAAAUCCAGGAGUAUCUCUGUAACAGGGCUGAUAAGCAUCUGGUUCCAAAAAUAAACAAUACAAAUGUUGACCGAAGUGUGGCAUCUAUCCAUGCCACAGUUUUUGGUUGUCUACGUAGGCGAGAGGCAGGAGAGCAGUUCUAUGACCCAGCUACAAAUACAGUUGCCGUGAUACUUGAAGAGUACAGAAACCAGCGUGCUGCAAAUUCUCUUAGCUCCAAGGGAAUGCUUCAGUUGAUCCAGAGGAAGGGUUCCUCAAGGCAUCUUAUGGCACUUCUGAACAUAGAUGGAUCUGUUGCCAAGGCUUGGCCUGUUCCGUUUGUUGAUUAUACUGGGAAGCCAUCGUCUGAAAAUUGGAGCGAAAAGUGUGUGGGAAGCCCCAUGUAUGGCCCCUUACAAAUUGGGAAGGCUGAGCCAGUUAACCUUCAGUUUGGAAAUUUUGGAAUCAGUGCAUGGCCACGUGAGACAUGUGGUACAAGUCAAACAGGGAGCAUCGAUGGCUCAAGAGCUGAUGGCACUGACACUGGUAGUAGAUACGUUUCUUCAUGUUGUAGCUCUCCAAAAGCAUCAGAUGGACCUGCCAAAGAGCUUAAGGAGGAAUUUUUUGUAGCGGGUAGUGACGAAGAAGCUGAUGAUCCACAUGAUGGUGAUAGUGAUGAGGAUUUUAGUGAUAUAGACCACAAGGAGAUCCAUGAGGAGAUUGAAGGCUCGGUGGAGGAAGACUCUACCAAGUCGGAUGAUGAGUUUGAUGACUUGGCCAUGCGAGAUGGCCUUGAUAAUUAUUAUUGGUCCGACGAUGAUGAGUCAACCAACUUGAAGAAAAUAGCAGACAGCAAGAUGGCAACAGAUGGAGACGGUGUCAUGGCAAACAAAUACCAGCACAAUCUUGAGCUCUUUUUCAAGAUGAGUGAGCUGUUUGUCGGACCUCCUUACUCCGAUACCCUGCUUCCCCAGCGGAACUCGAGCACUAGUGACAUAAGAGUGAGGAGGCGUUCCUUGAGUGACUCCAUGUGUUUUGAAAGCCCGAUGCAAAGCAUUCCUGCGGUAGGACACCAGAGAGCACUGUAAUGGCUCAGUAAUUUUAGCAGCGGCAUCGGCAUCGGCUCCGCUAAAGAAUUUGUACUGUCACUUUUUUCCCCUUGUAGUAAUUGCCAUGGCUCUCCUAAAAGACUGAUAUCUGUAAUCUCUUCUAUUUGGUUUUUCUAGGUUUUCUUGUGUUUUGCUUUUGCUUUGGCAGUUGUGGGUUGAAUGAUGAUGAUGAUGAUGGAGACCCUAAUAUGUGGAUUGAAUAAUGAUGAUGAUAAUGAUGGAA